CGCGCAUGCGCAGUGGCAUGUAAAUAACAGCAUCCGCGGUGGCGUGUUUUUGUGUCGCGCAGGCUCAUUAAAUAGACGAAUAGCCGGUUUAUACUCACAAAGAACCUUAUUAUAUCUGCUACGUUUAUAAAAGUACGACUCCAAGAAGAAUACAGCGUUAAAUUAGUCGAAUAUCCCGCGAGGUUUUGCAGCUAAGUGAGUGAAGUGUCGGUUAGCACACAGCUAUGAUAGAGACUAGCCGGAUGAGUUUGAGUCUGACACGUUUAUGAAGGCAGAAUUGAUCAAAUACGACCUUCGCUUGUUUUCUUACAUGUAAUUUAGUGAUUUGAACGCCAUCGAGCCGCUUUGAGCCGAACAUGUCGUGUGUGUGUGUGUGUUAAGCUGUUAGCAGAGGUGUGAUGAAGUGUUGAGUGUAGCAUGACACAGCAGGGUGUUGAUCAGAGCUGAUCCAAGAGCUCAAUAAAACACGCAAAGAUACGAGAUCGUGGCAUUCACAGACAUGCUGACAGAAAACAGGAAACGCCAGCGCGCUGAAGGUGAUGAUGAAGAUGCUCAGAUGCCUCAGGCCAAAAGACUGAGUUCGGCCCUCCAGAGCCCUGAGACGGGCAGGGAAUCAUGGGAGUCUGAGUCGUCCAGUAGCGAGAGCUGGAUCAGCAGUCCGGAUCAGUCCGCCACCGGGAGCAACAGUGGACCGGACCUCAUCGGGCCCAUCAGUCCCAUCAGUGCCUCCAAGCAGUCGGGACACAUGGACCCGCUGUCCUACCAGCACAUCAACAGAGUCCUGCGGGAAGCCCACUUCCACAGCUUACAGAGCCGAGCCCAGGCCAAGCACAGAUGACUUUCAGGAAAACACAAUCCCACAGUGUGGUCAGAAGUGCCGACUUCGGCACCAAGUCGCUACUGAAAUUUUAAAAACGUGAUGCUUUGAGCGCUGUCGAGCGUAAUCAUAACCGCCUCUGAUUGGCCGUUGUGUUCAUGAGCUCGUCGGAUUUGUCUGUGAUUGGCUACAAUGAUCAACGCACGGGAGCGUUUGAAAGUGUUUUGAUCCGCUGAUCGACGCCUGUUUUCAAACGCUCACGUGUGUGUCUGUGUAAGCGUUUGCUGAAGAGCGUCAUUGAUGUAUAUUCACAACAUGUUUUUGAAGCGCUGAUAAAUUGUAGCCAAUCACAGACAUAUUUGAUGAGUGUGUGAGUACAAUGUCCAAUCAGAGGCGUUUAUGAUUGCGCUCAAAGCGUCACAUGUUUAAAAUGUCAGUAUUGACUUUGUACCGAAGUCGGUACUUUUGACAACACUACAAUCCCAGUAGCGACAGGGUAAAACCUCUUCAUCUCCAUCCUCAUUCAAACCUGCUUUCCUUGAUAUCUCUCUCUCUCUCUCUCUCUCUCUCUCUCUCUCUCUCUCUCUCUCUCUCUCUCUCUCUCUGUUAUGUUGAAAUGUCAUCGGAUGGAAAACACCCCCUGGUACUGUACGCUCUCUGACUAACUAGAGCACAAAAGUGUUCAUUGUAAGCAAUAACGGCUUGACUAUGAUGCAAACUUUUGUGACUUUCACACUGUGUGUAUUUUUUUUUUUUUUCAGCUGUAUUGAGAAUAAAGGAACAUUUUAGUGGGGGUAUUUGCACUUGUUGAUCAAAAAAUAUUGAUUCGGACCACUUAUAGUGACUCAGCUGUGCACAUUUGUAGACGGGAGGCAUAUGAAACAUGGCAGAAUAUUGUGUUGGUUAGUUUGCAGUGCUGUAACGAAUGCGUGGAGAAGUAAAGCUGGUUGCUCAUCCAGGCGUCAGGCCUUCGAGACCCUGCCGAGGUUUUCUUGCGUGCUGUUCGAACUCAGAUUGCAUUUUAAAAGAUUGUUGUUUAUUUUUAACUAUACCUUUUUGUAUGGAAAGAUGUACAUUUACAUUUUACAUUCAGAUCAUCUACAUUUCUAAAUAAAGAUGGAUGUUCUUAAGCAAA